CGCGGCUGUCCGAGCUCAGCCAAUCAGCGUCCAGGUCGCGGUGCGGCGCUCCAGGAUGAGACAGACCGGAGGGGACGGUGUUCAGCCAUGAACUUCCACAACUUCUUCACAUCCUUCGGUUAAGUGCGCCUUCAGCCAUGCCUGUGACAUCUCAGCUGCUCAGGGGUUUUCCCCGUACAAAGGCCUUGGCCUCCAGUCUGUUACCAUGCCAACAACACCAGUCCCAGCUAGGACCCAUCACUCAGCGACCUGCCUCAAGACGGCCCUCUCGCGUAUGGCAGAGCCACCAGCACUCGAGAAGUUACCAAACGACCUCAGUGUUUCGCAGCUACAUCCUCACCCCCCCGCAGGUCAACUCUAUUCUGAAAGCCAACGAGUACAGCUUCAAGGUGCCGGAGUUCGAUGGGAAGAAUGUGUCAUCCGUGAUGGGUUUUGAGAGUAAUCAGCUGCCAGCCAACGCUCCUAUAGAAGACCGUCGAAGUGCCGCCACAUGCCUGCAGACACGAGGAAUGCUGCUGGGUGUGUUUGAUGGUCAUGCUGGAUGUGCAUGUGCACAGGCUCUGAGUGAGAGGUUGUUUUACUACAUAGCGGUGUCUCUGCUGCCCCACGACACACUGUGCGAGCUGGAGGCAGCAGUGGAGGCUGGCAGGGCCCUCAGUCCCAUCCUGCAGUGGCACAAACACCCCAACGACUACUUCACCAGGGAGGCUCAGACUCUCUACUUCAACAGCCUCCGAACCUACUGGCAGGAGCUAAUAGAUCUCACCAGCCCGGGCGAAGUUCCAGAUACCCGUGAAGCGUUGAUGAAUGCCUUCAAGAGGCUGGACAAUGACAUUUCCUUGGAAGCUCAGGUUGGAGACCCGAAUGCUUUCCUGCACUACUGGGUUCUGAGAGUGGCCUUUUCUGGAGCAACGGCCUGCGUGGCUCACAUCGAUGGAUCAGACCUGUUUAUAGCCAACGCAGGAGAUGCUCGGGCAGUGUUGGGGGUGCAGGAGGAGGACGGCUCCUUCAGCGCUCACACACUCUCUAAUGACCACAGCGCCCAGAAUGAGGAAGAGAUGGCUCGGAUACGGGGUGAACACCCUCCAUCUGAGAGGAAGACAGUUAUACGACAGGACCGGUUGCUUGGCCUCCUCAUGCCAUUUCGGGCAUUUGGGGAUGUGAAGUUCAAGUGGAGCAUUGAACUGCAGAAGGGUGUGUUGGAGUCUGGACCUGAUCAGCUCCACGAAAACGAGCACACCAAGUUUAUCCCUCCAAACUACCACACACCCCCUUACCUGACCGCUGAGCCUGAGAUCACGUACCACAGACUGCGGCCACAGGAUCGCUUCAUGGUGAUUGGCUCUGACGGCCUCUGGGAGACUCUCCACAGACAGGAAGUAGUUCGUAUUGUGGGGGAAUAUUUAACGGGGGUGCACCAGCGUCAGCCCCUCAAAGUCGGAGGCUACAAGGUCACCCUGGGACAGAUGCAGGGGCUGCUCGAAGAGAGAAAGGCUCGCGUGUCCUCAGCUUUCGAGGAUCAGAACUCGGCGACCCACCUGAUGCGGCACGCGGUGGGAAACAACGAGUUUGGCACGGUUGACCACGAGAGGCUGUCGAAAAUGCUGUCGCUGCCCGAGGAGCUGGCUCGCAUGUACCGCGAUGACAUCACCAUCAUAAUCUCUCAGUUCAACCCUCAUGUGAUUGGAGCACAGAGACAGGACGGGCAGUCCUGAGCUGGUGUUAUAAAGAGGAGUACACACACACCCAAACGUGUGUAACUGCGUACUGAAGAUCUGCACACAAGCACACUGUGGACAAACAGGCCAUAUUAGGAAAAUAUCUGUCCAGCAGUCUGAAUGAAUUGUUUUAACUCUAUUUAUGUAAAGAAUUUGUAAGUUUGUAUGCAGUGCUCGAGAAGAUCCAGUUCCGUAUGAAGUGAGAAGAUCUCAGUUAAAAACUGGACUGUCUGUUAACAUUAUUUACAACCUUAUUUAUGCUGCCAAUAUCCUCUGUCAACCGUUUCAUACACUCUUCUCUGCGUGGCUAAGACGCUGUUACAAACUGAUUUUCGUGCCAAAACAUUCAACCUCCUCGCCUGCUGGAAGACUCAGCAGGGUUGAAAUGAUAGAAAUUCCAAAGAGGUUGAAGGUUGGACUUUAGUAAAGAAGUCUUUGUUGAUGCAGCAUUGACUUGUUUGAAAUGGACUCUAACUGGGCUGUGCCAUUAUAACACCACACUCUCUGCUGUCUGGUUUUGUUAUUUGCAUCUGUGAGGCUGAUGUUACAAUAGAGGACUGUUGCAUCUGGUAUUUUUUUGGUUUUAUUUACACUGCAAAUGUCAUUGUAUGAGAUAUUCUUAGUACUUUCUGAACAUACACAUUUUGUUCUGCAUUUCCACUGCAGUCUAACAGUAUUUGGAUGACGCUUACUCCAGCAUUGAGUUUAAAGGUGCAGUGUGUAGGAUUUAGUGGCAUCUAGCGGUGUAGUUGCACAUUGCAACUCCCUCGCUUCACCCUCCCCUUUCCAAGCACGAAGGAGAAACUACGGUGGCCGGAAAACUCGCAAAUAAUGUCACCGCCCUAUCUAGAGCCAGUGUUUGGAUUGACUGUUCUGAGCUACUGUAGAAACAUGGCGUACUCCGUAGAAGAGGACCUGCUCCCUCUGUAGAUUAAAAACAAAACAAUUCUUAUUUUCAGGUGAUUAUACUCUCAUGAAAACAUAACUAUGAGUAUUAUAUUGUAUUUCUGCCUAUAGAUCAUCCUCAGUGUUACACACUGGACCUUUAAGAGCUGACUUUGAGCUUUAAAGUGUUUACAUUCAUAUUGAGUGAACACUGGGGCUACAUGGUGCAUCUGCUGUGGAUGUAAAUACUCUCAAAUUAAAGUUGAGAGUUUAAACUCAUAGUCUAAUAGUUCCCAUCCUGUGUGAGUCCCAAGAUAAAUCUCAGGGGUCACAACAUUAUAGUAAUUAUAGUUACACAAUUAUGUUACACACUCUGUUUUCUCUGACUUAUCUAAUACUGGAUAUUGUAACCUUCAGUCCUUAAAUGAAAUAAUUUGAAUAAUCAAUUGAGACAAUUCUUUAUUUUAAAGGGUCACAAGCCAAAAACUUUGGGAAGCACUGAGGUAGUGAUUGAAAUCUAAUAGGUUACAGACUGCACAGUCUAACAAGCCAUUAACUCUUGGAAGACUUGCACUGUGCACCACUACAGGUAGACUGAUACAUACCUGGCUUUUUGUACUUUAUUUUUUUCUGAAGGAAUGAUGUCUGUUAAGUGAAACUCUAAGCAGACAAACUCCUCCACAAUAUUGUUGGCUACUGCUGUGAAGUAGUUGGAGUAAAAUAAAAGUUUGUAGUUCUUUUCCAAACUUUGUGGGGUUAAAAGGGACACGUGUUUAAAAAGCCUUAUGUUUGUUUGUUUGUUUUCUGAUUGGUCAACAGCAGUGUGGGUAACAUUUUUGUUACAGUUUGGGAUUUUAUUUUUCAUGACAGACACUCUCUUGAUACUCUCCAGUUAAACACUAAUGACGGGGUCGAAGCUGUGUGUUCAAGUGUAUUUAAGCCCAGAUGAAUGAACAGAAUGUACAUUUGGAAACAAAGAAGCUGUUUAAUAUUAAAUAUUAUUUAUUCAGCUUUAGCAGUAUGUUACAUGUCUUUAUCUACAAUCGUAUGUAUAAAUUGUAACUUAUGUGGGUUAAGUUUUGUAUAUGGAAUGGUUUAAUAAAACACUGAAUACACACCA